AUGUCUGACUCACUUGCUCUUGGUCAAUUUAGACGAUUGUCAGAUAGUUCUGCCGACAAGGCUGUGAUGGAAAUGGCGAACCUGACCCCCAAAACAGGCGAUGUCCCUGGAUCAACCGUCCCAUCCUCGGGUAUGAAGCGCGCCGACAGUUCAGAGGCACUUAAUCUUACCCUGCACCAAUGUGCCAGAUAUGGAGACGAGUCUAACAUGCAGACUGCUCUGCAGGGCAUCAGUGGCCUCCUCAAGAAGAAAGUGAAUGCACUGGACCACAAAUUCCUGACUCCCCUGCACUACGCAAUUCGCUACAACCACUUCAGUGUGGUCAAGCUGCUGGUGGACGCUGGUGCAGACCCCAACAUGAGAGGUAACGAAGACAUCACCCCCCUCCACACCGCAGCCCAAUACCACAAGGGAAAGAUCAAGAGGAAGGAGACGAACAGCUCUGAAGAAGGGGAGUCAGGUGAAGGAAAUAUUACAGCCACUGGCCUCCUUCAAUCCGUGAAUAACUCUGGAGACAGCUGUGUAUCGUUCCUGAUCAAGAAUGGUGCCAAAGUCGAUGUCAGGGACAUCUAUGGACAGACACCUCUACAUCUUGCUGCCAUGAGCGGGAAUGAAAUUGCUGUCAGAUAUCUGCUGAGCCUUGCAGGAAAUCAAGUUCAUGCUGAAGACAAGCAGCUUUUCACAGCCCUCCACGUGGCAGCCAUACACAGCCAGGAGGGCGUGGCAGUCAUGUUGAUCGAGGCGGGUGCCAACCUGCGAUGCAUAGACAUGAAGAUGUCCACACCGCUGCAUCAUGCGUGUUCAACGGGAAACGUCUCCUUUGCGCAGAUGUUGUUUGAUGUUGGAGCGCGUGAUGCGGGUGGCUGGGUGACGCUUACAAGUAUGGUGACAGAUACAGACGUGGAAAUGAACACGUGCCUCCAUCUGGCGGUAGACAACGGACAUUAUGAUGUGGCCAAACUCUGCUUAAAGAAAGGUGCUUAUGUGAAUAAACCCCGGAAACACGACAUUCAUCCUCUCCAUCUGGCCGCCAUGUCAGGAGACAUCCGGAAUGUCAAGCUGCUGGUGGAACACAAGGCCCGUAUUGAUGUGUUGAAUUACGAACAGGCAACUCCAUUACACAAAGCAGUUGUGUUCAGUCGUCUGGAUGUUGUGAAGUAUCUUGUUGAUCACGGUGCAAAGAUUAAUCGACGUGACAAAGACAACUACACCCCCCUUCUGCUGGCUGUGAAAUACGGUCACGUCGAGACUGUGGAGCUCUUGUUACAGAAAGGUGCAGAUUACACUGCUGUCGACAAGAACGACAAAACCGUCAUCUUCCUGGCAGCGGAAGAAAACAAAGCUCCAGUGCUGAGGAAACUGUUGUCUUACCCAAACGUGAAGCGGAUGAUCCAUGGAAAUGAAAGCUAUGUCACCAAUCCUGUGCAUGUUGCAGCUCAGGAAGGUUACAGCGAGAUCCUAGUGACAUUACUUGAGAAUGGAGCUCUUCUCGGCAGCAGGAAUGAAGACCAACAGACACCAUUACACCUCGCUGCCAAGUGUGGCAGGAUAAGCAUUGUGAGAGAGUUGGUGAAGCGUGACAAGUCGUCAGUCAAUGACAGGGAUGCGAUCUCCAACACUCCCCUACAUCUGGCAGCCAUGCAGGGGCAUGACAAGGCAGUGACACUACUCCUGGAGUUAGGAGCAGAUGUUACCAUGAAGAGACUUUAUGAUGAGUCGACCCCCCUGCAUCUGGCAGCAUCCAAAGGAUGUUUGAAGGCAUGCCGAAUCCUACUGGAACAUGAUGCACCCAUUCACAACAUAGAUAUGAAUAAGACCACUCCACUUCAUCUUGCAAGUCGCAAUGGUCACGCCGCGGUAGUAAGCCUCCUCCUUAAAUGGGGUGCAAAUGUCACGUUGCCGGACUCCGAGGGUCUAAACAGUCUUAGUAUCGCCAUUGAAAACCACAACAAUGAUGUUGCCAUGGUGAUUAUCAACUCUGAAGUUUGGAAGGAUGCGUUGCGACACUCAUCACUGAACCUGAACACAGGACAUCUAGACACACCGAUGAGGAAGCUCAUCAGGAAGAUGCCAGAUGUGGCAAAGCGAGUGUUUGAUCGCUGCCUGAGCUAUGGAGCUCAGAAGAACCCAGAGCGACCCGGCUAUGAAAUCACGUUCAACUAUGAGUUCCUGGAUGAUGUAUAUGCAAAUUGGCUGGCCUCAAAACCAGAGACCUCAAGUGAAACUGGAUCAAAUUCAGAUUAUGGGACGUUUGAUGAAUUCGGAAGGUUACUGACAAAUGUCAAGCCGUACACGUCAGACUCCAACAAACUCAAGAUGAACCACCCCCUCAUGAUAAUGGUGACUUUGAGUCGAAAGGGCCUGCUGGCUCAUCCUCUCGUCGUGUCCGUGUUGAAUCACAAGUGGAACACAUUCGGCAGUGUCUUGUACUACCUCUCCUUUCUCUUCUACCUGGUGUUCCUGACGUUCCUUACGGUAUACAUCGUGUUGACCCGACCACCAUAUAACUUUAAUAACACUGAUGCCGCUGCCAUUUCCUCGGGAUCAUGUGACCAGCUGACUACAGUCUAUCCACAACUUUUAAUUGCUGUCAGAGCUAAAAAUGUCAUCAUGGUAUUAGCUGUCUUACACUUGUUGAAAGAGCUGCUACAAAUCUAUCAAGCCAAGCUGUCGUACUUCAGCUGGACGAAUCUGAUUGAGUGGAUUACUUAUGUCUCAGCUCUACUCCUCGUUAUUGACUUCAAUGACUGUCAGAAGGAAACAGGCUUCAGAUUGGACUGGCAGUGGUCCUUGGGGGCUGUGUCUGUGUUCCUGGCGUGGAUGGUGCUGGCGCUGUUCAUGCAGAAGUACCCCAUGUUUGGUAUCUUCAUCGUCAUGUUUACAGAGGUCUUCGUCACCGUCAUUCAGGUCUUCGUCGUCUUCUUCCUCUUCAUCGUCGCCUUCUCACUCGGCUUCUACACCUUGUUCCAGAAUCAGAUUGCGUUCCAAAAUGUCCCGAGUGCAAUGAUCAAAACAGGAGUCAUGAUGAUGGGCGAGAUUGAUUUUAAUUCCAUAUUCAAUGAGCAAUGGAAGGCAACAUCAGUUGAGGCAGCAGACAAAAGUGAUCGAGUCUUCUUUCCUGAAGCUUCCUAUCUUCUCUUCGUUAUCUUCCUCAUCCUCAUGUCAAUCAUCGCCAUGAACUUGCUCGUUGGUUUAGCUGUAGAUGAUAUCCAGUCUGUGCAGGGUCAGGCUGCCCUCAAAAUAAUGGCUAUGCAGGUUGACUUGGCAUUGGACGUAGAAAAAUCCCUGCCCGACUUCAUUAGGCGGAAGACGUACAUCCGAUGCAGAACGUUGACACCAAACAAGUGGCUUGGUAACCCAUUUCGGAGGCUGUUGAACUACCAGCAUUCCAGGUCUGCUCAGGCCAUUCAGAAGGCUCUCAAUCCAGAGCUGAAUGAGGUUCAGAAGGGCCAGGAAAGAAUACAAGGGGACAUAACGAACAUAAAGAUAGUCGUGAAGGAACUCCAAGAACAGAUGUCCCAGAUUGAGAGCAUGUUGCGAGUCAGUGCAACACUGUCCAAACACACCAACAGGCAGGACGAGGACCAAGAGGAGCAGCAGACUUAG